AUGACCCGAAGCCUAGCAUGCUCCUGCAGACGGUGAAGCUGCCGAUCAUCGAGAUGGACAGGUGCGUGAUGGCUUUCAAGAGGUACGCGGACGUAUCGGAGAACCAGCAGAUGUGCGUGGGCGGUGUUCCGGGUCAGGAUUCCUGCGGCGGCGAUAGCGGCGGCCCUCUGAUGAAGGUCGAGAGUAUAGGUGGACCUCCUAAAUAUUAUCUCCUCGGCGUAGUUUCCUUCGGCGCAAAAUCCUGCGGGGCCACCAGGACACCUGGCGUCUACAGCAGAAUCGCCACUUACACUACGUGGAUCCUGAACAACAUGCUCCCGUAAAGAUAUUCAGCUUUAACUGCGGAGAAGAAAUAAUUAUAGCCGGGACAUCGGGGCGGAGAGUUUUACAUUUUAUUUUAUUUUAUAAACGCAAUUUGUUUCUUUUUUUUAUUUAGAAUUGUUUAUAUUCGAAUCUUGUAAUUGUGAUGAGAAUACUUGAUGUUGAUAUAUAUUCUCAAUAAUAUAAAAAUAGCUCAAUAGUAUGAUACAAUAUAAAUCUAUAUAAAUAAAAAUGUAAAUGUUCGU